AUGACUGCGGUGACUGUUUGUCUGCGGGUGGAUGCUGUGGCCCUGGUAUAUAUUGUGUUAGUUGCUGCCAUCAUGAUGAUGUCUCGGAGAACCAUAGCCAACCUGUGGCCCAUCUACAAGCUGGUGUUGGCCAUUUUGCUAGCUGUUCAGUUUAUUGUUGUUCUUGGCUUCCCCCGGGUGUUUGCAUACGUGAGUAUAUUAAUACCCGUGGCAGAAAACAAGAACUUGACACCAAACCUGAAGCAGUGGUUGUAUUUACCAGACUAUAUCAAACCUCCACACUCUCUUGUGCUCAUAGUAACCGACUUUCUUCAGCUGCUGUUUGUCAGUCUACAAGCGUUUGUCUUCAGCAUUGAAGGUAACCGUGAAAGGAUGGAACGUUAUGGUGGAGGGGACAACGCAGACAUCUUGGAUGACGUGGAGCAGAAUAAACCUAUCCCUUGCAAAGACUUUACUCUAGAGCAAACGAAGGGCAUCGACAUGGUGAAGCAUCUGAUAUUUGAACACAUGUUCUGGCUGACCAUGGCCAUCGUCUUCAUCACUGGGGCCACACGGAUAAACAUUUUCUCCCUCUUUUAUGUCAUUGCUGUCUUCUGCUUCAUGUGGUUCGGCAAGGAGUUCUUCCUGAAACCACUGAGGUCAAUGCUGAGAAUGUGGAACUAUUUGGUUGGCUACUGCAUCCUUGUCAUGUUUUUCAAGACAGCACUUCAGCUUGUGGGCUGUGUCUAUGUGGAGACAUUGGUCAAAGAACACCAGUGCUGGCUGGUGCAACUGUUUGGGGUGAACUGCCUCCUGGGUAAUGCUGAGAAAGUGUCAAGCAGCAAAUGUGAGGUUGAGAAGGAUGAUGCUGGCCUGGCCUGGGAUGUCGUUUGCCUGACGUUCCUGCUUCUGCAGAGACGAAUCUACUCUUCUCAUUACUUCAGACAUGUUGUGGACACAAUCAGGGCUCAGAACAACCUGGUGUCAAAGGGCGCAGAACUCAUCAAUCGAAUCAUGAUUAGAGAGGUGAACAAACAGAAUGAACAAGAACGAAGCAUCCUCGCAAACAUCAAAAAGCAGAUGGCAGCAUUAAAAAAGAAACAAGCCAUUGUCAUGAAAGACUACAAGGAACCAGAGGAACAUUUCCAGGCAAUCCGGGCAGGUGACUACUACCUGUUUGAGCAUGAAGAUGACAGUGACGAUAAAACACAGGUAACUUCUCUAACAUUUGGCACUGAGCCUGCGGAUCAAACCGCAUCACCGACGCCAUUACAGGUGGUGAAUACAGCUUUGGACCAAGACAUAGAGACAGCCAUUGAGACCUACCCCAGUCCUUCGCCUGAUGAACAAGGCCAGAAGGAAGGAAAAGAAGAAUGUGAAGAACAAGAGCCUGCAUCUGUGAGCAAAAUGUGGAUGGUAUUGAAUUUUUUCGUCACAAUAUGGUACAGUUUCAUUGACUGGUUGAUUCGGUUGUGCAAUCAGCUGUCUCGCAACUACCGACUUGUGGCCAAAAAGUUGUCAAAGGAACUAGUAGCUGAAAAGGCUAAAAUUGUGAGAACAAAGGAAGCCAAGCGUAAUGGGGAAAGAGCAUCCGAACUGGACAUAAGAGUGGACAUUGAAGAUACUGCAGGACCCAGUGAAGCAUUGACACAAGACCCAACUCUGUCACAGAGUAUCAUCAGCUUGAAUGAACUAGAGAAGCAAGAUGAAGAAGAACUCAACCAGCAGUUCAAGGACAGCAACCAGCGCACCAAACGACUGUUUACGGCAGUUAUUCUGCUGCUGGUGUCUCGCUCGGAGUUGCUGUGCUACUUCCUGAUGAUUCUGGACCAGAUGGUGUACGGUAGUCUGCUCUCCCUCCCACUGCCUCUUAUGGUGUUCUUGUGGGGUAUGUUAUCAGUGCCUCGCCCGUCCAAGACUUUCUGGGUCACCAUAAUCACAUAUACUGAGGCGGUGGUUGUUUGCAAGUAUCUGUUUCAAUUUGGAUUUUUUCCUUGGAAUGAUGGCACAAUCUAUGAAGGUCCUUUCUUCCCACCACGCAUCAUUGGAAUUGAGAAAAAGGAUGACUAUGCUAAUGUGGAUAUUGCUCUGCUCCUUGCACUUUUCCUUCACCGUUCCAUCUUAAUGAGAUAUGGACUGUGGAGAGAUGCCGCUGACAUAACGGCAGAUAUGGAAGCUGCAGAGAGUAAGGAGCAGUCAUGUCCAAACUCCCCUGAAGUGAUACCAGCAGAUGAGGACUCUUAUUUCAAAGAAUCCGAUAGUGAGCCUACUCCAAGCACGGAUCCUGCAGUACCACGCUCAAAGUUGAGCCAGGGAUUGUCGUACAUCGUCAGGCCAUUUACCAAGUUCUUCAAACAGGUCACUCAGUCAUCCUACAAUGCCACAGCAGAUGUGUAUGCUCAAAUGUUUUUCUGUGACUUCAUCUUGUUCUUAGUUCUCGUCUUUGGAUUCAGCUCAUUUGGCCCUGCUGACACUACAGGAGAUGAAAGCGUCACCAGCUACCUUCAGGACAACAAAAUUCCUAUCCCGUUCCUCGUCAUGCUGAUCACCCAGUUUGUUUUCAUCAUCAUCGACAGGGCCAUCUUCCUCAGGAAAUUUGUCCUGGGCAAAUUUAUCUUUCAGAUUCUGCUGGUGAUUCUCAUUCACAUCUGGAUGUUCUUCGUUCUGCCGGCCAUCACUAGGAAGAGCUUUUUUCAAAACAAGGCAGCUCAAAUUUGGUAUCUCAUCAAGUGUGUCUACUUUGGCCUGUCUGCCUACCAGAUCAGGUGUGGCUAUCCAAACCGAAUCCUUGGCAACUUCCUGACCAAGAAAUAUGGUUACACUAAUCUGAUCUUAUUUAAGGGGUUCUUGGCCAUUCCAUUUUUGCUGGAGUUACGAGCCCUUAUGGACUGGAUCUGGACAGACUCAACAUUUGCAAUUGGCAACUGGCUGCAGAUGGAGGAUAUAUAUGCCAACAUUUUCGUUCUAAAAUGUUAUCGAGAGAUUGAGAAGACCUACCCUCAAGAGAGGGGUAUCAAGAAGGGCGCCAUCGUCAAGUAUGUUGUUGGAGGAAUUCUUCUUGUUGUGGUCAUUUUCAUCAUCUGGUUCCCACUAGUGUUCUUCUCAUUCUUCAACUCAGUGUUCAUUAGCAACCCUCCGUAUGAGGCCUCCAUUACUAUUGGAAUCACCGGUUACCAGCCUUUGUUUACUACCAUGGCCCAGGGAGGUAACAUAGUCCCGUUGACUGAUGCAGAGUUUGGCAUGCUGCGGAAACAUUAUUCUAAAGACAGAAAUGCCAACAGUUUUCUCAGUGGCUAUGACAGGGAAGAUGUAACGAUGAUUGCGUUUGAUGGAAGGUCGUUGUCCAUUUGGGGGAUCAGUCCGGUCAGCCAGAAAGCCUUAGCUGAUGAUCUGAUCAGCAACUCCAGCUCUAAACUGGCCCUCACUGUGGAGAUGAAAUUUACCAGAGAGCCAGACAAGUCACUACCAGCAGAAGUGACCAACACGUUUGAAUUAAACCUGCGCAAUCUUUCUGGUGUUCCUAGCCUUCUGUCAAAGAUAGUCAAUCGUACAAGUAAAGGCCCUUGUUCAGUUUCCAAUGUCUUUCCACGAUUUGUUCGCCUUGCUGGUCAGUCGAAGGCAAUGGAAUUAGACCAGUUAAUUAAAGGAAGUUAUGGGAUAGGCAGAAGCAACAUUUCCCUGCAGUUAGAGUCUGACUCAACCAAUGGACUCAGCGAGUGGUGGAAUGUGAAUGAAACUGUGAAGGGCAGCAUCUUUGACUACAAUCCUAGCUCGGAUGUCCAGUUCCCACAAAUUUUUGUCAUCACCUUCAAUGACAGAAAGGCACCAGCAUCUUUGUCAUUCCUCUCAGGAUACGGAAUUAUCGGGUUAUACAUCUCCUUCAUCCUUUUGAUUGGACGACUGAUGCGUCUGAGCACAACCAAUCAGUACUUGACCAUCAUGUUCCGAGAACUGCCAGAUGUGGACGGGAUUCUGCAGUUGUGCCUUGACAUCUAUCUGGUGAGAGAGAUGAAGGAGUUCCGUAUGGAGGAGGACCUGUACGCCAAACUCAUCUUCUUGUACCGCAGUCCAGAAACAACAAUAAAAUUCACGCGGCAGAAAGUACGCAUUGGUAAUAUUAAGAAGAAAAGUGAAGACAAGAAGAAAGAUGAAUAA